AUGGAGAAUGUGUGUCCAGCAGCCAAGCAGUCGCUCUUUUAUUUUGCUCUAUCUAGCCUAAUGUUUGUUGUGUCUUUUUUCUCGGCUAGUGUUUUAGGCUACACCUCUGAACUAUGGGCGCUCACGUACUGGGGACCGGCCCUUUAUUUUUGCCUACUAAAUUUUAUUCUCCGCUACUUUUUAAAAGGCUUCACAUACGAGGUAGCCACAAGGGCAGCACUGUUGGGUUCAGUUUUCGCGACGGGACUCUACUUUGCAACAUUUGAUAAUAGUUUCCACAUAUUUGGUCUCUAUGCCAUGGCCAUAUCCUUGUUCCACUUCUCCGAGUUCUUUACGGUUGCUCUCACAAAUCCCCAGACCCUUACUGUUGAUUCAUUUAUAUUAAAUCACAGCACCCAGUAUUGGAUAGCUGCCGUGACAAGCUGGCUGGAGGCCGGUGUGGAAUAUUACUUCUUCCCAAGUAUGAAGUCAUAUUUCUGGUUGUCUCAUAUUGGAGUAGUGAUGUGCAUUGUGGGUGAGGUUUUAAGGAAGGUGGCUAUGUUUACCGCCAAGACCAACUUUAACCAUCAUGUCCAAACAAUAAAGAAGCCCGACCACCGACUGGUCACCAAUGGUGUUUACUCUCUGUGUCGACACCCCAGUUAUGUGGGCUGGUUCUACUGGUCUAUAGGCACACAGAUAAUCCUUCUCAACCCAAUCUGUGUGGUCAUCUAUGCGUUGGUGUCGUGGAUGUUCUUCAAUGAACGCAUCUUUGCCGAGGAGAUGUUCCUGAUCUCGUUCUUUGGGAAGCAGUACUUGGAGUAUCAGAAGAGAGUGAGCACGGGCCUGCCCUUCAUUAAGGGGGUUGUGAUGGACGGGGUCAGCUAG